UCUUAACAGUGCUAAAUAAUAAAAUGACAACUACUUUGUUACUUGUAAUCAUUCGACUUGCAAUGUCAUAUGAAUCACAAGAAAACACUCAAAAUAAUCAGCUUGUAAUGCCAGAAAAGCUUUUGUUUGUUUCCACACUUAAUGGAAGUUUAUUCGCAGUUAAUAAAUACAUUGGUGACAUUAAGUGGGCAAUGAAAGAAAAUCCAGUUUUAGCUGCACCUCUUGGAGCUCAUCCAGGACCAACUUUUCUACCAAACCCUCAUGAUGGUACAUUAUAUGCAUAUCUAGGUAGUCAUGUACAAGACAGCUUGAGAAAACUACCAUUUACAAUUCCAGAGUUAGUACAUGCUUCACCAUGUCGCAGUUCUGAAGGAGUUUUAUAUGUUGGGCAAAAACAAGAUGUGUGGUAUGCAGUUGAUCCUUUAACAGGUAUCAAACAUCAUCGUCUUACAAUGGAUGGUAUAGAUCAUAUGUGUCCGCCGAUUGAAAAGCAAUCUUUGUUUUAUAUAGGUCGAACAGAAUAUGUUGUUUCCAUGUUUGAAGUUCAUUCUGGUAAGAAGAAAUGGAAUGUUACGUUCUAUGAGUAUUCUGCUAAAGAAAUGGAAGAAAAUAGUCUUCCAGAUCAAGUUCACUUUAUAUCAAGUUCAAGUGGAAGAAUGGUGACUAUGGAUCAGCUUACUGGUGAAAUAUCAUGGGAGACUGAGUUUGGAACACCUAUUGUUGCUAUUUAUCAAUGGCAUCCUGAUGGUUUUCAGAAAGUUCCUAUAACAUAUGUAGCAGAAGAGACUCUUAACAUGAUAGUCUCAUCUGCUACAAGCGGAGAAAAUGGAAGUCGUUUUCUUGGGAAAGGAAAUGAAUUUGUUUUAAAGCCAACUUUAUAUAUUGGAAAGCAUAAUGGUGGUCUUUAUGCCAUACCAUCAUUAGUUGAUGAAACCAAUGUAGUCAUUGAUCCCAAGAUGCUAAUGAUUGCUGGUCCCAAAAAACAUGAAAAUAGCAACAAAAAUCAGCAAAGAUCAAUACCUAUUCUAAUGGGUUAUCACACAGUCCCUAAAAUUUCAAUGUCUACCCUUUCUCCAAAUGGUCUUCUGACAUUCAAUGAUAAAUCUGUGCCAGAAAAGUCAAAGGAUGAACAGAUGGGAGGAACUAUAUAUCCUAAACACCAACAAAAAGAACUUUUGAAGUUUUUGGAAGAUGCUAAAAGUUAUCAAAAUAUGAUUUAUAUGGUGCUGGCAUCUGUUGGCAUACCAUUGUUUAUCAUACUUUUAAUUUAUUUUGAACGGAAUUUAACAAAUAUUUCUCCAACAAUCUUACCUUCCACACCAAAAAGUUCUCAGAAUUCAAUAAGCUCCAAUCAUUCAAAUUCAUCUACAAGUUCCUUAUCAGGUGGCUCAACAGAUCACUUUUAUCCAAUAGAAGAUGAAGAAGGAUAUGUUCACAUAGGAAAGAUUCAAUUUAAUCCCAAACACCUUCUUGGCAGAGGUUGCGAAGGAACUGUUGUCUACAGAGGAAAAUUUGAUGAACGAGAUGUUGCAGUUAAAAGAAUUCUUCCAGAUUGCUUCAGUUUUGCUGAUCGUGAGGUGCAGCUUUUGCGUGAAUCUGAUGAACAUCCCAAUGUUAUCAGAUACUAUUGCAGGGAAGAUGACAAGCUGUUUCAGUAUAUUGCUCUAGAAUUGUGUCAGGCAACAUUGCAGGAGUAUGUACAUGUAUCAACAUUUGAAAAAAAAGGAUUGACACCAUCAGAUGUUUUGUUCCAAACACUUUCUGGAAUUGCUCAUUUACAUUCAUUAAAUAUAGUUCAUCGUGAUAUCAAACCUCAUAAUGUUUUGAUAUCUUAUCCAAAUGCAUCUGGUGUUAUAAAAGCCAUGAUAUCUGAUUUUGGAUUAUGCAAAAAACUGGCAUUUGGGCGUCACUCGUUUUCAUCUCGAUCAGGCAUUGGUACUGAUGGUUGGAUUGCUCCAGAAGUGCUCAGUAGAGAAGCUAAUAUUACUCGAGCCUGUGAUAUCUUUUCAUAUGGUUGUGUCUUCUACUAUGUCCUGUCUGGUGGUCUACAUCCAUUUGGUGAUAACUUUUGUAGACAGUCAAAUAUACUUUCAGGACAAUAUUCAUUGGAAAAUCUCAGCUACUUAGAUAAUGAAUUUGAAGCGAAAGAUUUAUUGAAACUGAUGUUAAGUGUUGAACCUUCACAAAGACCAUCUGCAAAUUGCAUCUUAAAGCAUCCUUUUUUCUGGAACAAAAGUAAACAACUUUCUUUUCUACAGGAUGUUAGCGAUCGUAUUGAAAAAGAACCGGAAGGUGCUGAAAUUUUAAAAAAACUUCAAGAAGGAUCAAUUGCCGUAGUACGAGGUGAUUGGAAGUUGCAUAUUGGUGAAGAACUUCAAGAAGAUUUGCGCAAAUUUCGAACUUACCAAGGGACCCAAGUUCGUGAUUUAUUGAGAGCCAUGAGAAACAAGAAGCACCACUAUCGAGAGUUACCAGAGAAACUUCGUGAAUCUUUGGGAUCGAUUCCUAAUGAAUUUCUUACUUAUUUUACAAAAAGAUUUCCUAGGCUUGUUAUACACGUGUAUAACAAUAUUAAACCAAACUGUGAGCAUGAGGCCCCUUUCAGUCCGUAUUAUAAUUGAUGGCUGUUUUAGUCUUGAGUAGGAUAAUUUUGUGAAGCGAAUAACAAAGAAUUGAGGGGUGUUCCUAACAAAAAUUUACUUGAACUGGUUUUUUCCAGAUAUGUUAUCUGUGAAGGUAGUGGAACAUUUUUUUACUUUUGAAGACGGAAGCAAUUUAUUUGCUGUAGUUAAAGUAGUUAGAAAAUGAAUCAGAACAAAUGUGAGAGUAUUCUGCUGUAGAAGAAAUCAUUUAAGUACUUUAUUUCCGAUUGUUUAUUUGGCUAGUUUUUGCGCUGAUGUAUUUUAGUAUUGCUAAUAUUUUAAUUCUGAGGUGAAA